UGCGCUAAGCGGCUGAAGCCGUUGAUUCCUUGCUUGCAUGCGGGAGGUUUGGGGGAGUUGUGUUUCAAUGUUUCUCUAUAGACGCCACACUGGUCGUCGCUCUGAAGCAGACACAGUGAUUUCACGUAAAAGGGAGUCCCGUUUCUUGAUAAGGGAAGAGGGGGAACACAAACACGGCAGUCCGUGAUCAACGCGAUGGAGUGCGCGGUGGACGCACAGAGUCUGAUUUCGAUCUCUUUGCGGAAAAUCCACAACUCCAGAACGCAGCGAGGAGGCAUCAAGCUGCACAAGAACCUGCUGGUCUCGUACGUGCUGAGGAACGCCAGGCAGCUGUACAUGAGCGAGAAGUACGCGGAGAUCUACAGGAUGCAGCAGUACGAGGAGGUGAUGACCGUGUGCAACGAGAUCCAGGAGCUGGACCCGCUUGAUCUCGCCGAGGACGGUGAGGGGUGCUGCAUUAGCAGUGCUGGGGGAGAACCGGCGAGCCUCUGCUGCGCGCUGCAUCCAGCGGCGUCUCCUCCGACACCGGUUCAAGCGGCGCCAGGCUGCGCUGCGCUCCACGGCGAAGAGGCGUGCAAGGAGCAGGACUUCUACAGGAGCUGCUGCGCCGAGCCCUACCCCUUACCCAGCUGCGACUUCUCCCCACCCGGCGCGCACUGCAACAAGACAACGGUGCUUGACCUGGACACGCAUGUAGUGACCACGGUGGAGAACGGGUACCUGCACCAGGACUGCUGCGCUCCUCCGCAGCCUUGCUGCCAGGGCGCACCGGUGCUCGCCAAGAAGCGCAAGGCGGACUUCGCUUACUACGCUGAGGAGCUCCCGGACUUUGUGCAAUGCAAGAAGGCGAGGUCCGACGACUUCCCCUGCCCGACCUCCGAGCAGCUGGAUUCUUCGAGCAUUUCCAACCUAAUCUCGAUCUUCGGCUCGGGGUUUACGGAGCUGGUGAACCGGCAGGCGGACUUUGAGCAGUCCCUGAACGGACAGUUCUGUAGCAAGCAGGUCUUGGCGAGCCUUGGAGCGUGGACAAGAGCCAUCGUGGCGUUUUGACUCCAUGGCGUGUUAGUAGAAAAAUAGUUAAUGAAAUUGUACAGAAUUUAAGACAAAUUGGUUUUAUUUUUGCAAGAAGAGUACCUAGGCUAUUUAAAUAUUUGAGCAGGUUUUGUCUGUUUCAUUAUCGUUUGAGACAUUUGAGAGGGGGUGUUGGUCGUGCCACAUGUGAUGUGUAGGCUUUUCCUUUACAUCUAAAAUGCUAACUUCAAAGAUUUCACAGCAAUUAGAUCAUUAAUGUCAUUCCCGUUUAACAAACUCCAGUUUCGUUGCCUUAAACUCAACGCAUACUGCUGGCUAGAUGUGUCGCUACACACAUUUUCUUUUAAGUGACUGAAUGUUUCACUCGUUAACUUUGCCUUCGUGGAAGGAAUAAAAACGUUGACACCGUUAACUACUAGAACACUACACGAAUGAAUGGAUAUUUAAAAUAUCAGUUUAAAUGGAAAAGUCUUUCUGCGUCUUGCUCAGACACCAGUACUAUUUUUUGUUGUUGUAGCUUUUUCUUUUUAUACACUAAAAGGUAAUUAUUUAGAGCAACGCAUAUAGCCUAGCUAUAUAUUGGCGCUUUUAAGUUUUAUUCGUUUUUUUCUGUUAUUCGUGUUAACAACGUGGGCAUCAAAAGUAUACUCUGGGUUUUAGCUUUAUCCAGUGUAACGGGAAUCUUGGCACAUCCUGACGAUGUGACCGCAACGUAGUCGAAAUAUUCGCUAAAGAGUGAAUGUGGGAAAAAAUUAUUUUCUUUUCCCAGUGAAACUGUAAUGUGUAUGUUUUUGUUUUUCAUAAUUCGUUCUCUUGUGGUCUUCACUGGGGUGCUGUGUGUUGUCAGUUUGUGGGACUUGUAGUCAUCUUGUGUCAAUUUUCCCAUCAACCUUUAGAUUGGAGUAAUGACUUUUUACUACAGCUCCCAGAAUGCACACAGUACAUAAUUUGAUCCAUCCUUAGGUUUUAAUAGCAAUUUGGACUGCUGAGUGUCACUUUGUUUUUAUUUUCCCGGACUUUACUGCAAAUUGGUGUCUGAUCCUUCACGGUAAUUCACUAUGCCAGCAUUGGUUUUGUGGGUUUUAAAGUUUCUGCUAUCCUGACCUUUUGUUUUAAAAAGGCAGUUUGUGAUUUAGCCAUGCACCCUCUCAGUAUAAGCACUAUGUGUAUCAAAAUAAAAACUUUUUUCAUUCUCCAUA